AUGGUCACAGAAAAUGGAGACUUUCGGUAUCCGCCGUCUCCAGGCGAACAUAAUAACAAUAACCCCAAUCGUGGUCGAGGACCCAAUCCUCUUCGUCUCAAUCCGCUAAGAAUUAACCCCCCCUCUCCGCCAUCUUCUCGACCGUUAACCGCCACCGCCCCACGUGCGCUUCCGCUCCCACGCUCUCCGAGAAGACCCCCUGCCAUUCCGGAUGAUCCUUUCCUGCGCUCACCCUCACCCCAACCCGGAAUGGGGGGUGAUAUCACCUCUCACAGGCCGACGUAUCGCAUACCUGUCACGGCCAAUCCAACGUUUGAACGCUUUCCCAGAGCCCCCUCGAGAGAAAGCGACUUGGAUCGUCCGUCAUAUCGUCGCAAGACCCCUCCUCCUCAGCCAAGGUUAAGAACGUCUAAAUCGACGUCGAAGCUCCAUAACAGACCCCCCAAGACCCUCCAUUCCUUAGAUCGCCAGUCCAACGAAUCCCCACAACAGGGACUGGGCUUACCACGUUUUUAUCCUAAUGGAUCGGCAGAGGCCAACGGGGAAGAAGCUCUCCGCUCCAGUGUGAACUCCGCCAUGACGUCGCGCUCCAGUGUCGGACAGGCGAGUGGAACAGAACGAAGUAGUGUCUUGACGAAGAGUAGCUCUAUCACCGACCUCUCUCCUGAUACACCAGAUGGACCGUAUGAGAAGGACGGGGGAAUGAGUGUGGAAGAUGCGAUCUCUAUGUAUCUCGACGGGUUUAGUGACGUCACAGAAGAGCCGGGGUCUCCUGACUGGCGUGGAGAAAGCAAAGCAAGACCGCUCAGUCCCCGUCCGCCAACUGAGCUGACCCUGGACGAUGGACAUACUUCCGAUGAACAUUCGCCCGAACUAGAUGCUACCGAAGAUUUGCCACCGGUACCACCACUCCCAGCACUAAACCCACCCGACCAGAAUACGCUGGAUGAGCAGUUCUUGGGCCACGCGCAGUUGAAUGAAAAGCAAUUCAGCGAGCCCCUAGACCAGACCACACCGAGUCGGCCAUCUGAUACCAGUCCACUAGAGACGAAGAUUUUCAUUCCUGGCACCGUGCCGCCUCCGUUUCUGAAACCUACGGAGGGCAGGGACCAGUAUGGAUUUCGGAAGACCAGUCACCACGUCACAUUACAACAGUACGAAGCCUGGAGUCGCCCGUAUGCGGCUUUUGCCAGGAGUCGGAGAAAUAAAUGGUCAGAAUUGCUGAAGGAGCAUGGGUUACCCACCACCGAACCGACGACUUUCCCGCCCAAAUCGAACAAGAUCAAGCGUCUUGUCCGCAGAGGCAUUCCUCCGGAGUACAGAGGGGCAGCUUGGUUCUAUUAUGCCGGUGGCUACGAGCACUUAAAUCGCAAUCCCGGACUAUAUGAUCAGCUUGUCAACCAGGCUAUGGAAAGCCCAAGCAACGAUGACAAAGAGCAUAUCGAGCGAGACUUGCACCGAACUUUCCCGGAUAAUAUCCACUUCAAGCCUGAAUCUACUGACGGGAUCGGGAACUCAGGCGCUAGCUCUGGUAGCAGCAACCUGAAGCAUGGCUCAAUCACUGUCGAGACGCAAAUGAUUCAAUCGCUCCGGCGCGUGCUCUAUGCCUUUGCGUUGCACAGUCCCCAAGUCGGUUACACGCAAUCACUCAACUUCAUUACAGGCCUGCUCCUCCUGUUCCUCCCAGAAGAGAAGGCGUUUUGGAUGCUGCAUAUCAUUACCUCCGUUUACCUCCCCGGCACCCACGAGAUAAGUCUCGAAGGUGCUAAUAUCGAUCUAUGGAUCCUGAUGGUCCUCCUGAAAGACUCAACCCCGCUCAUUUACAACAAGAUCACGGGUUCCGCUCCCGGCAAAUCCAAGACGCCUCCGUUAACGGUCGACUCGCGGUUACCGGAUAUUACACUAGGCUUGACCAAUUGGCUCAUGUCAUUGUAUAUUGGGACUGUGCCCUUGGAGACGACCUUGCGCAUCUGGGAUGUCUUUUUCUACGAAGGAUCGAAGACAUUCUUCCGAGCUUCGCUAGCCAUUUUCAAGGCAUGUGAGAGGGACAUCCUCGCCGUAUCCGACCCCAUGGAGGUUUUCCAGGUAGUCCAAACGGUCCCCAAAAAGCUUCUGGAUGCCAAUACUCUACUGGAUGAAUGUUUCGUGCGGCGCCAUCGAGUGGGACAGGGCCGCAUUGAGGAGCUAAGAGCAUCUCGACGGACAGCCGUUCGGCAAGAGAAGCUGCGACGGUCGAAGGCUUUGAGCAAGGGCUACCUUCAAGCUGCCACGGAUGAAUGGCCGACGACACGAUCGCGGACGCCCGUCCCUGGGGUUGAGCGCAGCAUUGCCGAUGGCUGGCGUCAUAUGAAAGAUGCGUUCCGGUGA